AUGCAGCAUUAUGGAUAUAUAUCAAAUAAUUUUUUAGGUGGAUUAUAUUCAUAUGUUUGUGUAGUAUCAUUAUAUGAUGAACAUCCUUUUGAACAUGAAUUUUUUCUUCGAAUCUCCCGAUCAUUUCCAUUCAUGCAUAAGCUACCUUUGGUUAGUCUUCAUGCACAAAAUCGCAAACAAUCUAAUAAAUCAAUCGAUGAUAAUCAGAAGUUAUCAAUUAUUAGACAUUUUUAUCUUACUGAACUUGAUAUUCAACAUGUUCAUGAUGAUUAUAUCGAAGAAUUUCUCUCUGAUAUGAAAACAUGUUUACAAAAUGAUAUUUUUCUUGAAGUUAAUUUUAAAUCAUUAGAAAGAAUAGCACAUAAUUUUAAAAAAGAUGAUACACGAAUUAAUUGUGGUGAAAUCAAUAAGAUGUAUUUAUAUCGAAAAGUGGAAUAUGAUUUUCAAUCUGUACACGAUUAUUUUUGCUUUUGCAAAAAUAUGUUGAUUGUUAUGAUUUGUUAUUCAUAUAAAAUAGAUUAUUCGUAUAUUAAAAGAAAGAAUAUUGUUUUGCAUACAGUUAUGAAGAAACAGUGUUUAUAA